AUGGGGGGCAACCUGGACCUCUACAGAGAGCUGGCAGCAGAGGAGGUGGCCCUCGACGAGAACAACGAGACCGUGAUCCUGCCUCUCUAUCCUCUCACGCCGGGAAGGUGGUUCCGACUGCAGGUCAGUGCCGUGACGCCUGCCGGCGAGUCCGCUCCAAGUAGCAUCGUGAAUGCGCAAACCUGCGAAGCUCCACCCACUCCGGUGAUCAUGCACCUGCCAUCUGCGACUUCCGUUCACCUGAGCUGGAACGCCUCAGCCGCAGACCACGACUAUAUUUGUGCCGCUUACGGCUACCAAAUUCUCAUCAACUCCAGCGACGGCCUCAACGAAAGUGAUGUCCUGAACGCCAGCGUGAUGUCCUACGAGCUCCAGGGCUUGGUGCCCGGCACCCACUACGACUUCCAAGUGCGCAGCCUCGUGGGCGCCGGCGUCCGCGACAGCGGCUGGAGCUCCACAACGGCAGGCGGCGUACCUAGCCAGAUGCUCCCGCCUGUGCUGGUCACCGACUUGUCCACCGUGAGCGUCGCCUAUGUCGGCUGGACAGUCCCCGACAUGAACUUCGGGGUGCCUGUCGGCUACGAGUUGCUCCUGUUUGGUGCCGGGCCUCUCAGCGACAUUGCAGAGAUCUCUGUUGGCACCGUGCCGACCGUGCAGCCGCCAUGGCUGGAAGACGCCGACAAUUGCAGCCUCAACUGGCGCUGGAAUGGAAGGCUGGUGCACAGCUACGAGUUCAAGCUCGAAGCAUCAGACAACGAGACUUCUUUGCUUGUCGAGGAGGUGUGGAUCCUGAACGGCUCCUUCGACGAGCCGCGCCUCGGCCUGCAGCUCUCCGUGGACUCGGACUCCUGGCCCGAGCUGGUCUACGGGAGGCACUUCCGUGCGGCGAUCCGCGCCGAGAACGAGCUCGGGGUGUCAGCGUGGUCGGACUGGUCGCCCACAGCCUACUGCAUUCCUCGGCCGGGAACCGUGAGCGGGCUCGUCCGAGAUCCUAACGUGGACAUCACGGCUGGCAUUGUGCAGCUGGCAUGGGAUCCAGUGACAUCCGCCAUCGCCGGCAGCAGCGACUGGGAAGAGCUGGGCCUUCAAUACGACAUCUGGGGCAAGCCUCAUCCAAACUUCGGGAACGUCAGCUGGGAGAGCCUCCUCCAGAUCAACACCCACGAGGGCGAUCCACCAGUAGCUGUCACGCCAUCGGUGGCCAUUGACACCUUCCCGCGCACGCCUGUGAACUCCUACUGGGCUUUCAAGCUGCGACUGAAGAAUCACAACGGCUUCUAUGGGGACUUCACCACGGAGCUGCAUCUGAGCACCGGGCAGCUUCCCGGCGCGCCCCUCGAUCUCAGCGGCGUGGCGAACGACACCGUGGUCUUGAGCUGGCAGAUACCCAGCUUGGACGGCUUCGUGCCCAUCACACAUUACGAGGCCCGCUGCAACAGCGAUCCCUGGGAGAAGGUCCUGAACACCGAUCUGAGCCACGAGCUCCAAGCCUCAUCGGGCUCGGCCGCCUGCGAGGUCCGGGCGGCCAAUGCGGUGGGCACCGGACCCUCUGCCUCUUUGACGGUGACAGUGCCGUGA